GAAACAGUAACCACAACAACCCGGUUGACAUCACUGCCGCCAACCUCAGGUGGUCUCUCUUCGAGGAGUGGGCUGCUCUCUAUUGGAGGAGGAGAGUCUACCAGUAGAGCCAUCACAGGAGGCAGUAGCUCAGUGCUAGUAUCCUCCUCUGCUGCAGCCGGGUCUGGGGGUGGAGCUAAGUCUGGAGGGGGAUCCGUCUGCAAAUCAACCACCAUUAGCACUAUAGAGUCCCCCUCUUUAUCCUCCGGUGCUUCUGGCGUAGCUUUUCGGUCUUCAGGGGCCUCGGGGGCAUCGUUUGGGGCUAGCAAAACCAGCGGUCUCAUGUCAAGCUCCGGUUCCAGUUUUUUCACUGGUUCUCUUACUGGUGGUUCCAGUUCUGUUUUUGUCUCUAGUUCGAAAGGAGCAGGACCAGGAGGGGGCGGUUUUGUCACUGGUUCCAGUUCUGGUUCUAGUUCUGGUACCGGAAUUGGAGGAGGGGAUUCUUCUAGUGCCAAAAUGUCGGCCGGCGGCUUUGGUUCUGUGGCUGUUUCCACGGUUACCAGGUCCAACUACAGCUCCUCGGCAGGCGCGGGUUCAGGGGGCGUGAAGAGGGGCGGGGCACAGCGGUCUGCAUCCUCUUCUGUCAGCUUCUCCCCCACCCCCAUGGAGAGAAAGAGCAUGACCACCACCAUGACCUCACGCUCCAUGGGCUACGAAGGAAGAUCCAGUGGAAACUCAUCUCCGGAAUACACAAGGAGAGAAUAUGCUGCAGCAAGUGCAGCUGCCAGUACACCCUCCAGAGGGCGGAGCCACAGCAGAGAGAGUGAGAUCAGAUGCAGACUGCAGAGUGCCUCUCCCACAGCCAAAAGAUGGACGGAGCUGGAUGAUGUGAAGCGGCUGCUGAAGGGGAGUCGCUCCAGCAGCAUCAGCCCCCCUCGCUCRCCCACCAGCACCCUCCCUAUCCCCAGGAAGGCCAGCGUAGAGACCAGAACCAUGCCAAACAGCUCCCAGUCAGGCCAGUACGACAGCGCCACCCUGGACUCAGGAAUGCCUUCCUACGUGUGGUCAGGCCCCACGGCUGGAGGCUAUGGUUACCACAGCAACACCAUCAACCUGUCCCCCACCUCCACCCUCCAACAUUCACCUACCACACUCACAGCCACAGGGCUUCAGAACAACCUGGCCCUCAGCUCUACAUCCAUGAACUCUGGACUCUCUGCCUCUAGCACUGUUCACGGUAUGCAGAAUAACCUGGCCACCGCCACUGGCGGUAUCCUAACAGCUAAUGGAGUCAACGCACAAACAGUCUAUGGUGUGCAGAAAAAUGUCACAAGCACAGGGGUGUCCACAACCACAGUGGCGCCCAACAGUCCUACCAGUGAAGAGGCCAAAGAAUACAAAUUCAUGCUGCUGGAGAAAGAGAACGCUCCCGUCAAAAAGGAGACGGAGAGACUCAUCAUGGCCAAAGAUACUGGCAAACAGUUCUCCUCUGCUGACACUGCUAUUGCCUAUUCUGAGGACUCACUGAAGAAGGAGAAGAAGAAGGCGUCCAGCUUUGUGGAGACAGCUACAGCCGGAACCACAGAAACUAACGUGAUACGUAAGGACGAGUCUGGAGGAGGUCUGGGCUUCUGGUCCUGCUGCUCCUGGUGGAAGUGGCUGCUGGGCCUCCUGCUGGGUCUUCUGCUCCUCCUGGGGCUCCUCCUGGGACUCAUCGCCCUGGCCGAAGAAGUCAAACGUCUUAAAGCUCGUGUGGACGCCUUGGAACAAGCCUCCAGCUCUUCCUCAGCCCAUUCCAGUCGCCUCUCCUCCUCCUCAGCCAURAACAUCAUAGACCCUCUGGAGUCUGCAUACAUAGACAAGACCUCCUCUCCCUCCUCUACCACACUGCUCCGCUCUGAUAAUGGUAUCAAUCUGGGAGUGGCAACAGGAGCAGGUCCAGGAUCAGCUAAUGGACCAGGCCAUGACCCUGUAGCUCUGCAAAGGGCAGUACAGCAGAUAGUCAGGACUGAGCUGCAGUCCGAUACUGUACGAGCAACACUUGCAGACUCAAUGAAAGGAGCGAGAGGAGAGCCUGGGACCAAAGGUGACCAAGGUGGUCCAGGAGUCAAAGGUGAUAAUGGAUUCCCUGGCCAACCAGGUCCUCCAGGUCAGAUGGGUCACAGUGGACAGGAGGGCCCGAGGGGACCUAAAGGAAGUGCAGGUGAAGCUGGUGCAGAGGGCUCCCCAGGCCAGAAGGGCCGAGAAGGACCAACGGGAUCACGUGGAGAGCCUGGUCCUCCAGGGUUUGGAGAGAAAGGGGACAAAGGUUCUCCAGGUGAACCCGGAGGCCCCGGACCUGCUGGCACUGCUGGGCCUGUUGGGCCUAAAGGGUCAGUGGGUGGUCAGGGUGCUACAGGUAUCCCAGGAACUCCUGGUCCACAGGGUUUCCGAGGUGAAGCAGGCGCUCCAGGACCAAAAGGAGAGAAGGGACCAGCUGGACCUCCAGGAAAUAAGGGCGAGCCAGGAGAGAAAGGACCCCGCGGAACAUCAGGUGACCCAGGUCAAAGAGGACUUCCAGGACCAGACGGAGCAAAUGGAUCCAAAGGACCCGGAGGUGCUCCRGGGGCUGACGGUGAAAAGGGUUCUAGAGGUGAGAACAACAGCAUCAUUUUGUAG